CUUAAGUUUAUGCAUAUUCGGUAAUACAGAUUUUGAUUUCAACCUUUUAACAACCAUUCAGUAGCUUCUUUGAUUAAGUUAUACUAGAUGUAAAAAUGACUGGAAAAACUUUGUAUUUUGCAUACGGAAGUAAUUUAUCCACUGCAAGAAUGCAUGUUUGGAAUCCCAAUGCAAUCAGAUGUGGAAUAGGAAAAUUGAACGAUUAUGUAGUAGACUUUCUUGUAUAUUCUAAAAUAUGGAAAGGAUGCGCAGGAACUAUAGUUCCAAAAAAGGGUAGCCACGUCUGGGGAGUAAUAUGGGAACUCAAAGAUGAAGACUUGAAAAAUUUAGACUGGCAGGAAGGUGUUCACGUCAAUAUUUACGAACCCAUCACCGUGACUGUGGAAACCCCUGAAGGAAAAUUAGUAGAGUGCUUGACCUAUCGGCAAGUUAGAUGUGAAAGUGAAGACACCCUAGAAUAUAUGCCAGAACUGAAACCAUCACCAGCUUAUUUGAAUACCAUGGUUAGAGGAGCUGUAGAAUCAAAAAUUCCAUUGGAUUAUAUAAACUUCAUAAAAGAUACACCUACAAAUGAUUCGAACAUUGAGCCAAAUUUGAGAGAUGAAUACUGAUCAUAAAAUAUUAUGGGAAAAUUAUUUAAUUUAGUCGAGAUAUAAAACACGAUGUAGAAAUGAUCUCCCUCAAAGACGAAAAAGGUUCUGUAGAUGAUGAACUUAUCGCUAAGCUAAAAAACAUUAACUGGCAGGUAAUAAUGAGAGUCAAUGACAUAAAACUUCACCAAAUUCUAUUACAAGUUGUGAUAGAAUUGUCAAUUUGUUAUCAAACUAGUAAAAGAAAACUAAGACAAUGCGUAAUUGUUGACGAUCGUAAACGGUAAUUUUUAUUUUGAAGUUGCUAUUCAUAUAUUCAUGUUAAAACAUUUGCUGGUUGCACUUUCUAAAUAUAUCCCACACCAUUUUACGGUCUAUUAUAAUGACCUUCAACACCAACAGUGUUGAUUCUGAUGAUCUUGCUAGUCAUUUUAAAGGUUUUCGUUUACCAAUCCACCAAUAUUGAAAUAUUUGAUUAAGUUUAUUCGAAUUGAGGGUUAUUUCUGAUAGAAGCCACCAACAACUUCUGUGAUAAGAUGUUUGAGAUUAUUCUGUACUAGAAAACAAUACUAUAAUCCAUACCAUCUAUGACGGUACCACUCAAAACGAAAUACAAUUCAAACAAAAUAUUGCAUCAUCAGGGAAAAUGGUACCUAUCUAUAAUUGAGCGGGUUAGGGAUAUUCGGAUUUUCAAAAUUGGGGAUUUUAACUUUCAAGAGUGAAGAGGUUAGUGGUUAGAAAUUUUUGUCACUGAUUUUAUGGAAUUCAUUCUAAAAACAAUCAAUAUAUUGUAACCAAUAUAUUGAGUGAGUCAUAUCAGAAUAUUUUAUUUUUUGAAUAGAUUAUUCAAUCGGGCAACUGAAUGUUAUGUAUACAUACGUGUUAUUUUAUAGAUAUAUUAUUUAUGAGUAGAUAUAAGACUUGAUAUAAAAUAUUUUGUUUAUUAAAAGAUUAAUUGUAAAC